GCUCAUUAGACAACCAUUAGACGCGGUUUCUUGCACUUGUACUCUCACUCGCUUCGAACGCAUGGACGAGUCGUCCUCAUACGUUCCUUCACAGGGCUCAUCUUCGACUUCACGACCAUCCAAGAGGCUUUCAACAACGUCGUUCUCGUCGCAAACGUCGGUAGCAAUCCAGUCGAGCCGUCCCCUACGUAUCAAGACGCCUCUGUCACAGGUGCAUUUCCCGCAUGCAAGCGGCAUCAGCUACGGAUUGGGACCGGAUAUCCUUGCGCCUGUCCCGCGUAAACACCACAUUCUGCAGGCGUCCGAGAGUCCACAUUGGCUAGGUUCACCGACGCUCUCCGCCUCAUCUUCCCGUCCCGUGUCCCCCUUCUCACUGGGUGGCUCACAUACAUUGUCGCCACCAACGUCGCGUCGCAGACUGAGCAGGCAGCUCAGCUUCAGCUCGCUCAAGGAACAAGAGCAGUCCCUCGCUUCGCCACUAUCAGCGCACGCACACGAGCGACGGAAGGCCGACAGCGAACAUGGCGGGGGCAUGGGCAGACGGUGGGUGCGCUGGAUGCACAAGCAGGGGCUGAAGCGGUGGGUCGUGCCCUGUGCGGUACUGACGUCCGUAUGGGUGAAGUGGUCGAUCGGGCUCGGCUCGUACUCCGGACAGGGUACGCCGCCGAUGUACGGUGACUAUGAAGCCCAGCGCCAUUGGAUGGAGCUUACCAUACACCUGCCCAUGCGCGAAUGGUACAAGUACGACUUGCAGUACUGGGGUCUUGAUUACCCACCAUUAACCGCGUAUGUAUCGUGGGCAUGUGGUUUAGUCGGGUCAUGGAUCAAUGCCUCGUGGUUCGCCCUCGACGCCUCACGUGGGAUUGAAAGUCCAGAAAGCAAAGCAUACAUGCGUACGACUGUACUGGUCUUCGAUAGUCUGGUAUAUCUGCCUGCACUCUUCCUGUUCGUGCGAACAUGGCACGCAAAUCGUUCCGCGCGCACUCAGGAAGUAGCCCUCCUCACCCUCCUUUUGCAGCCUACACUACUGCUCGUUGACUUUGGUCACUUCCAGUACAACUCUGUCAUGCUCGGUCUCACAUUGUUCGCUAUGGUUUGUUUCGCCCGAGGUCAUGACCUGCUGGGCGCAGUGUCGUUCGUCCUCAGCCUAGGAUUCAAGCAGAUGGCACUAUACUAUGCCCCCGCAAUUGGAUCGUAUCUGCUUGGUAAGUGCUUGUAUCUAGGCAUGGUACAAGGACCUCGCCACUUCGUCCGUUUAGCUGUCGUCACGGCCGCAUCGAUGCUCAUCCUAUUCCUCCCCUUCCUCCCGCCCUUCGCCCCUCUAUCCGCCAUCCUUGACCCCAUCACACGCAUUUUCCCCUUUAACCGUGGGCUCUUCGAAGACAAAGUCGCCAACUUCUGGUGCGCGAGCGAUGUCAUCCUCAAAUGGCGCCGUCGCCUCUCCCCCAAAACGCUCGUGCGCAUCGCGACGGGCCUGACCGCGCUCGGAUUCCUGCCGGGUGCGGCGGGGCUGGUCUAUAGCGGGUGGAGAGUGCGCUUGCAGACGCGCAAGGACGACGAUGCGAGGGCGGGUGCGGUGGCGGCGCGGGAGCCCGCACCGACGAUGCCGCUCUUGCCGUAUGCGCUCCUGACGUCGUCGCUGUCGUUCUUCCUGUUCUCAUUCCAGGUGCACGAGAAGACGAUCUUGCUACCGUUGCUUCCAUUGACCCUGCUACUGUCUGGGGUGACGUCGAAUGAAACGUCGGAGACCUGGGAGAUCGGGAUGCUCGUGAGCAAUGUCGCGUUGUUCAGUAUGUGGCCGCUGUUAAAACGCGAUGGCUUGGGAGUAUCGUACAUCGCCAUGACUGUACUAUGGAACCGUAUUGUCGGCUACAAUCCGUUUCGUGCUCGACCAAACUCGUUGAUUCAGUAUCUCUCUCUGGUCACUCACGCGGGAUGUCUAGUCCUUCACGUUCUCGAGUUGCUCUUCUCUCCGCCCGCUCGGUACCCCGACCUCUUCCCCGUGCUGAACGUCCUCCUCUCAACACCUGUCUUCGGGCUCGCCUGGCUGUGGAGCAUCCGCCGCGGUGUCGAGGUCUCGUGGGCACUCGGCGGGCUCGGCCCCUCCAGUGGCUCAGGAACUGUACCUAACACGCCAACGCAUCACAAGGCCACUGUUUCACGCAGCGAGAACGGCGAUGUUGGCGAGGCGAGUGGUGCCGCUCCGCUGGGUAUUGGCCGAGAGACGGGUGCACGCGCUGUGAGCUUGGGGUAUGCGCAGGGAAGGCGGAGGCUGGCGCACUCUCGCCGGACGGGGAGCAUCAGUUCGGUGCUGAGCGCCGGGAGUCACCACGAGUUUGAGCAGAAGUGAGGGGUUUUAGGGAUGAUGGACUACCUAUGAUCUUCUGUAUGCUCAUUUAGUGUCUCAUGCUUGUUGUGUUUGCUGUAGUCUGGAACUAGUCUCCGUUGCAUACCAUAAAGUCCGGAACGGAGUUAAUGUAGGAGGCGAAGUGGCGUGGUCAAUGUUCUUCCCUCCUCAAGUGUGGUAUACUAUAGUACUGUGUAGAACGCUAACCUUUGCGUAUCACUUUGCCGCAACUCAUGGUCUAUUUGACGCAUGGAACAUCACA